UCAGCAUGUUCAUUAUGCUCACUAUUUUGACAAACUGUGUCUUUAUGACAUGGAGUAACCUUCCAGACUGGACAAAGAACGUAGAGUAUACUUUCACUGGAAUUUAUACUUUUGAAUUUCUGGUAAAAAUCCUCGCAAGAGGCUUCUGUGUAGAUGCUUUUACUUGCCUUCGUGAUCCCUGGAACUGGCUUGAUUUCAUUGUCAUUUCUUUUGCAUAUCUGACAGAGUUUGUGGACCUGGGCAAUGUCUCAGCGUUGAGAACAUUCAGAGUUCUCCGAGCUUUGAAAACAAUAUCAGUCAUUCCAGGCUUGAAGACUAUUGUGGGAGCCCUAAUUCAGUCUGUGAAGAAGCUCUCAGAUGUAAUGAUUUUGACUGUGUUUUGCCUGAGUGUAUUUGCACUAGUAGGACUGCAGCUGUUCAUGGGCAAUUUGAAGAAUAAGUGUUUGUUGUGGCCGUCCAAAAAUUCGUCAUCUUUUGAAAAAUACGUAGCUCCAUACUUCAAUGAUACAGUGUUUGAUUGGGCGGCAUACAUUGAGGAUGAAAGUCAUUUUUAUCGUCUCGAAGGACAAAAGGAUUACCUGCUUUGUGGCAAUAGCUCAGAUGCAGGUAAAUGUCCAGAAGAGUUUAUCUGUGUGAAAGCUGGAAGAAACCCCAACUAUGGGUAUACUAGCUUUGACACAUUCAGUUGGGCUUUCCUGUCAUUGUUUCGACUGAUGACACAGGAUUACUGGGAAAAUCUUUAUCAGCUGACAUUACGAGCUGUUGGCAAAACAUACAUGAUAUUUUUUGUUCUGGUGAUUUUUCUGGGUUCCUUCUAUCUGAUUAACUUGAUCUUAGCUGUGGUUGCCAUGGCCUAUGAAGAACAAAAUCAAGCAACUAUGGUUGAAGCAGAACAGAGGGAGGCAGACUGGCAGCAGAUGCUUGAACAGCUGAAAAAGCAGCAUGAGGAAGCUCAGGCUAUUGCAGCAGCUGCAGCAGAGAUGAGUAAAUUUAAAAGUGACGGUGGGAUUGGUGGAACUUCAGAUAGUUAUUCAGAAGCAUCCAAGGUUAGCUCAAAAAGUGCCAAAGAGAGGAGGAAUAGAAGGAAAAAAAGAAGACAGAGGGAGCUCUCUGGAGAAGAGGAUAACAUGAAGGAUGGAAAGCUUCCAAAGUCUGAAUCAGAUGGCAGUAUCAGAAGGAAAGGAUUCCGUUUUUCUUUGGAAGCGAACAGACUUGCAUAUGGGAAGCAGUUGACGUCACCCCAUCAGUCUUUACUGAGUGUUCGUGGCUCCCUGUUUUCUCCCAGGCGUAAUAGCAGAACAAGUCUUUUCAGUUUUAGAGAUCAUGGAAGAGAGGUAGGAUCUGAAAAUGAUUUUGCUGAUGAUGAGCAUAGCACAUUCGAAGAUACUGGAAGCAGAAGAGGUUCUUUCUUUGUGCUGCGCAGGCACAGUGAACGGCGCAGUAGUAACACUAGCCAGACCAGUAGAACAUCAAGAAGGCUGCCAGUGUUUCCAGUGAAUGGGAAGAUGCAUAGCACUGUGGAUUGCAAUGGGGUGGUUUCCUUAGCAGACGUACCACCGUGUCUCUUGUCACCUACUGGACAGCUUCUGCCAGAGGUGAUAAUAGAUAAACCAACAACUGAUGACAAUAGCACUACUACAGAAAUAGAAAUAAAAAAGAGACAUUCAAGUUCAUAUCAAAUACCAAUGGAUUUGCUGGACGAUCCAAAUUUAAGGCAAAGAGCCAUGAGUAUAGCCAGCAUUAUCACGAAUACAAUGGAAGAACUUGAAGAAUCUAGGAAAAAAUGUCCACCCUGCUGGUAUAAGUUUGCCAACACUUUCUUGAUUUGGAAUUGUUGGGAGCCUUGGUUAAAAGUAAAACAUAUAGUUAGUUUCAUUGUAAUGGAUCCACUUGUUGAUCUCGCUAUUACUGUUUGCAUAAUUUUAAACACGCUGUUUAUGGCUAUGGAACAUUAUCCAAUGACUGACAACUUCAAUAAUUUGCUUAAAAUAGGAAAUCAGGUUUUUACUGGAAUCUUUGCAGCAGAAAUGGUUCUCAAGAUAAUUGCCAUGGAUCCUUUUUAUUAUUUCCAAGUUGGCUGGAAUAUUUUUGAUAGUUUCAUAGUCACCCUUAGUUUGGUGGAGCUUUUUCUUUCAAAUGUGGAUGGAUUAUCCGUUCUCCGAUCAUUCAGAUUGUUGCGAGUUUUCAAAUUGGCAAAAUCUUGGCCAACUCUAAAUAUGCUGAUUAAGAUUAUUGGCAACUCAGUGGGGGCUUUGGGGAAUUUGACCCUGGUGCUGGCCAUCAUUGUCUUCAUUUUUGCUGUGGUUGGGAUGCAGCUGUUUGGGAAAAGCUACAAGGAAUGUGUCUGCAAGAUCUCCAGCGACUGUGUACUUCCACGCUGGCACAUGCAUGACUUUUUCCACUCUUUCUUGAUUGUAUUCCGAGUGCUGUGUGGAGAAUGGAUAGAGACGAUGUGGGACUGCAUGGAGGUUGCAGGCCAACCCAUGUGCCUUACUGUCUUCAUGAUGGUCAUGGUGAUUGGAAACCUCGUGGUAUUGAACCUUUUUCUGGCCUUGCUGCUGAGUUCGUUUAGUUCAGACAGCCUUUCUCCUACAGAGGAUGAUAAUGAAAUGAACAACUUACAGAUUGCUGUUGCAAGAAUUCAGAAGGGAAUAGAUUGUGUGAAGAGAAAAGCAGGUGAAUGUGUCCAAAAAUCUUUUUUGGGGAAACAAACUGUUGUAAAUGAAAGAAGAGCAACGGAUCAGUUGAAUGAUAAGAGAGAGUGUUGCAUUUCCAACCGUACCAUCGCUGAAAUAAAGAAAGAUCUGAAUUAUCACAAAAAAGAGAAUGGAACCACCAGUGUUGUAGGUGGCAGUGAUUAUGCAUCAUUCAUAAACAACCCAAGCCUUACUGUUACGGUACCAAUAGCUGUUGGAGAAUCUGAUUUUGAACAUCUAAAUACAGAAGAGUUUAGCAGUGAGUCGGAUCUGGAGGAAAGCAAGGAGAAGCUAAGUUUUUCUAGCUCAUCUGAAGGAAGUACAGUUAAUUUAGCUCUCUUUGGAGACGAAAAAGCAGAGACUGAACCAGAUCAAGCAUUAGAGCCACAGGCAUGUUUUACAGAAGGCUGUGUACAGAAGUUUAAAUGCUGUAAAGUCAGUGUAGAAAGUACAAAAGGAAAAAUCUGGUGGAACCUCCGAAAAACCUGCUACAGAAUAGUAGAACACAACUGGUUUGAAUCAUUCAUUGUCUUCAUGAUUCUCCUCAGCAGUGGUGCUCUGGCUUUUGAAGAUAUAUAUAUUGAACAGCGCAAGACUGUCAAGGUCCUACUGGAAUAUGCUGACAAAGUCUUCACUUACAUCUUUAUUCUGGAAAUGGUGCUAAAAUGGGUGGCCUAUGGUUUUCAAACUUAUUUCACUAAUGCUUGGUGCUGGCUGGACUUCAUGAUUGUUGAUCUCUCCUUGGUUAGCUUAAUAGCUAAUGCCCUUGAUUUCUCCGAACUUGGUGCAAUUAAAUCCCUCCGAACGUUAAGAGCUUUGAGACCUCUGAGAGCUUUGUCACGCUUUGAAGGCAUGAGGGUGGUUGUAAAUGCUCUUACUGGAGCAAUCCCAUCCAUUAUGAAUGUACUUCUGGUUUGUCUUACAUUCUGGCUAAUUUUCAGCAUCAUGGGAGUAAAUUUGUUUGCUGGCAAGUUCUAUCACUGUGUUAACACCACAACUGGUGAGAUGUUCCUACCAGAGGAAAUUGAUAAUAUGACUGCAUGUGUAAAUCUUACAAACAAUGCUAUGAAAGUCCGGUGGAAAAACGUGAAAGUAAACUUUGAUAAUGUUGGAGCUGGUUAUCUUUCUCUGCUUCAAGUAGCAACAUUUAAAGGAUGGAUGGAGAUCAUGUACGCUGCUGUUGAUUCUAGAGAAGUGGGGAAACAGCCCAAGUAUGAGUCCAACCUGUACAUGUACCUUUACUUUGUUGCCUUUAUCAUCUUUGGAUCAUUUUUCACUCUAAACUUAUUCAUUGGUGUCAUCAUAGAUAACUUCAACCAACAGAAAAAAAAGCUUGGAGGUCAAGACAUUUUCAUGACAGAAGAACAAAAGAAAUACUACAAUGCAAUGAAAAAGUUGGGUUCCAAAAAACCACAAAAACCUAUACCUAGACCAGUGAACAAAUUGCAAGGUCUGGUGUUUGACAUUGUAACAAAACAAGCAUUUGACAUCAGCAUCAUGGUUCUCAUCUGUCUUAACAUGGUCACCAUGAUGAUAGAAACAGAUGAACAGAGUGACUUGAUGCAAAAUAUUUUAUACUGGAUUAACUUGAUCUUUGUUGUCCUUUUCACUGGAGAAUGUGUGCUCAAACUGUUCUCACUCCGUUAUUAUUACUUCACCAUUGGUUGGAAUAUUUUUGAUUUUGUGGUUGUUAUUCUCUCAAUAGUAGGCAUGUUUUUAGCUAAGGUGAUAGAAAAGUACUUUGUGUCCCCCACCUUGUUCAGAGUUGUACGACUUGCCAGAAUAGGUCGAAUCCUGCGUCUCAUUAAGGGCGCUAAGGGCAUCCGCACUCUGCUUUUUGCUUUGAUGAUGUCUCUUCCUGCUUUGUUCAACAUUGGUCUGCUGCUGUUCCUGGUCAUGUUUAUCUAUGCCAUAUUUGGGAUGUCCAACUUUGCCUAUGUCAAGAAGGAAGCUGGUAUAGAUGAUAUGUUCAAUUUUGAAACAUUUGGCAACAGCAUAAUCUGUCUCUUCCAAAUUACCACAUCUGCUGGCUGGGAUGGCUUGUUAGCCCCAAUUCUCAACAGCGGGGAACCAGACUGUGACCCUCAUAAAGUUCAUCCGGGCAGCUCUGUUAAAGGAGACUGCGGCAACCCUUCCGUUGGGAUUUUCUUCUUUGUCAGCUACAUUAUCAUAUCGUUUCUGGUAGUGGUGAACAUGUACAUUGCUGUGAUUUUGGAGAACUUCGGUGUUGCUACCGAAGAAAGCGCUGAGCCCUUGAGCGAGGAUGACUUUGAGAUGUUCUAUGAAGUCUGGGAGAAGUUUGAUCCAGAUGCCACGCAAUUCAUAGAAUAUAGCCAGCUGUCUGAUUUUGCAGCUUCUCUGGAUCCUCCUCUUAAUUUACCAAAGCCAAAUACAAUUCAGCUUAUUGCAAUGGAUCUACCCAUGGUAAGUGGUGACAGAAUUCACUGCCUUGACAUCUUAUUUGCUUUCAUGAAGCGUGUUUUGGGGGAAAGUGAUGAGAUGGAUGCCCUCAGAAUCCAGAUGGAAGAUCGGUUUAUGGCAGCCAAUCCUUCUAAAGUCUCCUAUGAACCAAUUACAACCACAUUAAAACGAAAACAAGAGGAGGUGUCUGCUACUGUUAUUCAGCGUGCUUAUAGAUGUUACCUUUUAAGAAAAUCAGUAGAAAAAGUUUCAUUUAUGUAUGGCAAAGAUGGAGUUGAUCUGCCUAUCAAAAAAGAUACGGUUAUUGAUAAGCUAAGUUUAAACUCUGCUCCAGAGAAAACAGAUAUGACUGCAUCCACCACAUCUCCACCUUCCUACGACAGUGUAACAAAGCCAGAAAAAGAAAAAUAUGAAGAUGACAAAUCAGAAAAAGAAGACAAGGGGAAAGACAAAAAAGGAAAUAGAAAAUAAGACAAAAACAGCUUGUCUGUGAUGAGUGUUUACAAGCCUGAGAAGAUGACAUUCCUGUCAAUAGCACUCUCACUGGAGGACUAUGCCGAAAUGACAAGUUUUUACAUACUUACCCUUUGUUAUAGUCAGUGCCUAUAUCAAGACAAUGACCCUUCAUUUGCAAACUCUCACUCUGUAGCAGGGAAACAAUUGCCAGAAGACUAGCUUUUAUUAUCAGCUAGCAGUAAAGAAGAGGACAUGUAAAAUUUCUACUCGGACUGUAGGGACCCUUAACGGGAUAUGAAAUUACCAGUCAUACUAAGUCUGUAUUUUUGUGAAAUAAGUGUAUUCACUUUGUAUGUUUCAUCUGCCAUAUAUGUGCUAUAUUUGUAAUUUCUUUUGAUGAUGUCAUUAGCUUUAAUUCACAUGUUAUUAUUUAUGAUUUUACUAUGAUAAGGGAAAAAUACUCUUUCAGAGGUAUACAGAUGUCAAGAAUUUGUAUUUAUGGCAUCAUAAUGUGAAUAUGGUUUUCUACUUGCCAGUUCUAAAAACAGAAAACCAAGAUCCCAGAUUCUUGGACCUCAGGAUCUAGAUCCAGUCAUCAGCAAAUGAUAAUAAAAGGACAGAGUAUAGAGAAACAAGUUAUCAGAAAACACAACAAGGAGCGUCUGAAUUCAUAAGGGAAUGUUUUUCACAGAAAGGAGGUUGGUAAUUUAGUGUCUUGGUUUUAAUGUACUUAUGUUUAAUAUUCUUCAGUAAUUCAUAAUUUACUACAUAGUGGUACGUCCUCCUAUUCAGAUCGAGGGAUUUAAAUAAGUCAUGCUACACAUGUAGCUCCUGUUCUAAAAAAACAUGAAGUUAUGGGAAAAAAACAUAAUUACAGUCAGGAUCCAAGCUAUCCCUUAAUUUCUGAGGGAUUUAAACAGAUUUUAUGACAGAAAAGCUACAAACGUGAAGUUGUGCUUACAGAGAAUUACUGAAAAUAAACAGAAUGGUGGUCUUUUUUUCUCUUUCUUUGUUUGUUUUAAUUUCAUCAGUGGCUUCCAUACUUAAUUCUGCAGUCCAUCUACGCUUGUUAUUUCACAUGAAUAAAUCCCACUUAAGACAGUAACCAAAGCUACAUGUAUAAAUUGAUAGCAAAGUACCCAAAGGACAAACAUUGCCUUAAUGUAUAUCUCAGGCUGAAAUUUUAAUAUUUUGGAGGGAUGGGUCAUACAAGAGACAGAAAAUAUGUACGUCAAAGACCAUUUGGACCCCUGUGGCACUUCAGUCAUGCUUUCACUGGAACCUUCUCUAGAAUGCCAAGGUGACCAAAAGGGUGUACUUAAAUCAGCUUUAUCUUGCACUAUCAUUUAGAUAACCUGUGUUCUCGUCCAAGCUGACACUAUGUAUGUAAGUAAAAUGCCCGCUGUUAUUUAAUCAAUUGUUUUACACAGUGGUACCUGUUUGAACAAAGAGACAAUGACCUAAGUACUGUAUUUAUUGCAUCAAAUAUGUACCUUAGAAAGUGUAGCUUAUAACAUUUCAAUAGAUAAUAUGAUAUAUUCUGUAAUACUCCAGAUAAUUGGAAAGCUUUAGCUGAUGCAUGCUUGCUGCUAUUAUCCUACGGCUGUUGAAAUCUAAGAUGGGAAGACAUGUGAGUGGUAGAAUGAAACAAACUGUUCAACCAGACCAUCAUUCCUCGUAUCAGUAAGCAAUAGUUUGCUGCUAUUUAAGUUUUUUAAUCAGUAACAUGCAGUGAAUAACGAGACUACACAGGACAAAUAUAUUGUUUAACUUGCUUAAAAUGUAGGGCUAGAAAAAACUUUUAUAUAUCUAUAUCUAUUGAUCUAGCUAUAUUAUUUUGAAAAUUAUUUUAUUUUAUAAAAUUUUAUAAUAAGAAACUACAAAUACCUUCAUGUUAUUAGUCAUUUUCAUUGCUUUCCAUCCAUGACACUUUACUGCUGGCAAAGCUAAGAUACGAUGUGAAUUGGUAGUUCUAAGUUUCUGCUAAUUAUAUUAAACAUAUUUUAAUAAGGAAUAAUUUUAAAAGAAAUGGACAGUUCUUUUUCUUCUCAGUAGGUUGUUCCUUAUAUGUAAAAUGAGAUGGAAGGGUUUCUUUCAAAUUCAUAGUCCACUCUCUGUCAAUUUUCAAGUUAAUCUUAGUCAUAGAAACAUGUUUUUUUUCCAGUCUCCUUUUCUUGUUGAUUCAUGCUGCAGUAGAAGUGCUUUAAAUAUAAUUUGCUGUACAGAAUCUUUUUUCAUAAGAAUGAAUAGUGAACUUGUAUAAUGGACAGUGGAAUACUUUGUGUUUCCUACAAAAGAAAUAAAAUAUAGUUAGGCUCCUUCUUUUACAGAAACUAUUGACUUGUAGUGUACUGGUGAACUGCAUGCAGAAGUUGUUUUACCAAAAAUAACUACAUUGCUAACAACUGAAAAGAAUAAAGAUAACCUUUUUAUGUA